AUGCAUUCUACUUCUGCUGUGUUCCUUUUAUUUUCAUUUUCUCAUUUUUGCGUGCAGGGGGUAUUUGGGUGGGUGGGGGAGGCAUCUGUUAAGAUGGGCGAGGCGUUUGAGCUUCUGCGCUUUGCGGCUCUCUCUUCUGCAGUUCAUGCCGACGCUGUUGAGUGCCUUGUGGAUGACACUCGCUCUGUCUUGUCGCGGAUUGCCAUGGAUACGGAGCGGCUGGAAGCCCUCGAAGAGCAGCUUGCCGGACUGCUGGAGGAGCAGCGGCGCAUUCAUGCCGUCCGUGACGUGUUGAGUCGGUCGAGAAGCACGCGGAGUACGACGGAACCCACAAAAAGCGGAAAAAAACCCACAGAAAUAAGAUCAAAGUUGGAUACGCGAAGUCCGGGGGCGUCUCCCCCUGGAGCUUCCCGGUUAGGCACCGAGAAUGUUUUGCGAUUUGCCUCCAGGGCCGUGCCUGAGGAAGAAGUUCCCACAAUGUCACGGGCGCCGCGGCGCGAGCAUGUGGCGACGAUGGAAAUGUUGAUAGACGACUUGCGGGAGGAAAAAGCGACGGAGGGGGAGAAAUGCAUCGAUGAGACGGUGGAGCGCGUGAAGUCAGAGAUACGGUCACUGGAGAGUAUGUCCGUCAAGACAAAGCUGCGUGAGUUGGAAGCAUUCAAACGCCGGAUAAAAGAUUUGGAUGCGAACGCCGUCAUUGAACGGUAUGUGGAGCCCUUCCGGUUUGGUGACGAGGUGGAGAGGCUUUGGGAUGCCCCGGAUGCCAUUUUGAACAAUACAAACAUGGACCUGUUCAUUUCCCGGGCAUGCCAACGCUUCUCGGGUCGUUACGAAGACGCUCUGGGUGCCAUUAGCGACUUUUCAGCAUAUGAAGAUGGUGAUGCGGCGCAGGUAUUUGGUUCUUUAAUGUACCUUGAAGCACUAACCUCUUCGUCCAAUUACGACGCGGCUGCCGUGAGGACGCUGCAGGGCUUAAGUAAAGACUCGCUCCUGGAAUACUACAGGGAGAAGAGGCGUGCCGCUACAGUUAGUACCACCGUGAGACGUAGUCGUGUGGAGACGGUUCUGGGACCGGAGGAGUUUGGAUUUUUACCGGAAGAUUGGUGGAGUUCGCGGGCUCUUUUUAUUCCUGCAGGCAUUCAGUUGCCAUCGGCGCGGCACAUUCUGACGGCGCGAUUCUCCUUCGCCGAUGCCCAUGAGCUCAACACUCUUCAGUCCGUACGGGUUGAUUUUCAACGGAGCGUGUUGGAUGCCUUUAUUCGCAUGCCGAAGGCGUUAGCAGAACUUCGGGAGCAGAUAGAGUUUCAAUCAAGGCACGACGAAGAAAGAGAUGUUAGCGCCUCUUUGCUCCGUCUUUUGGUAGAAAAUGAGAAGGGUGGUGGUGGUGGUGACAUUUGGACAACGAUAGCGCGCUGCAGCUGA